CGACUCCUUACCGUCUCGAUGAAUUCUGUUUUGGAAUAGUAAAUUGGCGUGUCCAUAGUGGCGGCGGGUGAGAUAUCUCGCGUCAAGGAAACCGACUGUGGCGGCUAGAAGCCACGACAAGGCAGCACCGUUACGCCCACCAUGGUCACGUCCCCGAUACUGACCACACUGGCCUCAAAUCGAGAUGCAUGUCGCCAGUCACUGUUGCGAAGGGUCGUGUCAACCCCCCGUUGCAUUGGCGUCAGGCAGUUUUCAGGCAGGAUACCACAACAACCCCUCACAGAACGAAUACCACGCACGACACUGCAACCGUCGUUAUUCCGAAGGUUAUCCACUUCCUCACCUGCACAUCACCAGGAAUCUACCCCAGAAAGCGGCUUUUUGGACUCUCGAAGUAACAAGCCAGUAUCUUAUCAUGGGCCCUUGACCCAGACAUUUCGUCGUCUCAAGAUCUUCUCACUAUCUUCUCUGGCACUGUCAUGCGUUAUGGCACCCUUCAUAUUCAUCGUCGAGUCCUCACUUCCCAUGUCAGCACGCAUCGUCCUAGCCGCCACCGCUCUAACUACGAGUGGCGCCUCAACCGCUUUAGUGGGCUGGUCGGGUGCACCAUACGUCGUCGACCUCCGCAGGCUAACUCCUGCCGAAAACGGUGGUAUCGAAGGCAUCGAAAUGACUACGCUCACGUUGACAUUGAGGAAGCUCACCACCCGUGUGUACGACGCCGACUUCCUAGUUGACACGAAACGACCAUUUGCGAAAUGGGAGCUCGCACACCAGGUGCAAUUGCCGUCCCCUAGCGAGGAACCCGCGACAGCAGCUAAAGCGGGUGCACCAGGGGAGGUGGAAACAGUGGCAGAAACCCUCAACGCAAAUAAUGAUGUGAUAGGUCGGUGGGUCGUCCGGUGGGGGGAAGGCGGAGCAGGAUCUUGUGAAGCGGUUGGUAAAGUCGUCCGAUAUUUCAACGUGCACCAAGAACUUCUAUGAUGCCCAUUUUAUGCGGAGUCCGUGUGAGAGAAAUCUUUGGGACGGGGCCAGUAUCUUCAGUGUCUAUUCUCGAUAUGUAGUGGACAUUCCCUCUCACACAACGUUGGCUGUUUACCCUGAGAUGGGGCCAGAUCGUGAACCAUGACGUACAGAAGCUAAUCCUUUUACCGAAAACCAUGAAUUGGACCUUGACCCGCGAAGAUAUUGACACUCUCCUUAUUGGAGAUAUCAUGUUUUACGAAUCAAGGAAAACGUCAAUGACUUAUCAGAGAAUAGC